AUGGAGACAGGAGAUGAGAGGCCAAAUCUAAGGCUAUCCAAGCAGAUUUAUGGGAAUAUAUGGAGAAAGGAAGACCAGUAUGGAAGAGGCGAUGAGAAGAAGGUUCGCAGCAUCUCUCAUAAAGUGGCCUUAUAUCCAUCAGCUUCCGGUUCCAUCCGAUCAAAGAAAGUUAAAUAUUCACCAGUUACUACUGCUACUAUUACUAAUGCUAUUAUUAUUACUACUACUGCUACUACUACUACUACCACUGCUAUCUUUACUAUUUCCCCAGUAAUCCAUAAUGAUUUAUUAUGCAACAAUGAUUCCGAAUUUGUAUGUGUUUGUCAACAGAAUGCGGGUAAUUUACUAAAACACUAUAUUCUAUGCAAUGAACUCAUUGAGUUGGAUGAAUUACCAGUAAUUGAAAUGAACAUCAGGCGUAUCAAUUUAAGUGCCCGGUUACAUACCAAUGAAACCUACGAAUCUUAUUUUAAACGUCGGAUUGCAGCUGUUGUAAGUAACUACUGCGAGCAACAAGCUGAUGAAUGUAUGGCCACCACUCUUAGGCUAAAGAAGGAGAAUGUUGUACUACUCAGUAUCAAACCAAAUAAUUUACAUUCAACAAGAAUUGGUUUCGUCGUCACCAAAAGUCAGCGACCAAGUAGUCUCAGUACUGCGACAAUUUUGGAUUCUGCUAAAGUGAAAUAUGUUCUAUCGGCACAACUAGCUGCUCUAUCCCGCAUUCUUGGUGGGGUGCAUAUCGAACAUGUUGAAACGGCUAUAAUGGAAAAGUACCGAGGCAAUAAUGAUCGCGAAACUAUACAGAAGAAUAAUUUUGGCCUUCUGCUUAUCUUAUCCAUUGUUGCUACAUUUCUAACAAUCACCUACACCAUUGCUGCCGUCCGAGUGUGCAGGUUGUUGUUACAUUUCUAA